AUUUAAUGCAAGAGUAAAAAUGGAACAGAAGCACACAGAUACAGAUCUACAAAGAUUGGAAGAGCUGGCAAGAGAUGCAGCGGUCGGGUCUACUAUGUACGACAAAAGAUGGGUGAUAGAGAACAUUUUAGCGGUUGGACGACAUUUCCAGACAACCUCGUAUAUUACUGAGGACGGACCAAGAGAGCUAGAUGAUACCAUUGAGGAGAAAAUGAUGACUCUAUGGGAUAUAUCUGUCGAGGAAGAUGUCAGUAAGUUCUAUUUGGAUUACGGAGUUUUAGACUUUUUUAUUGAACUGUUCUCUAAUCCUAACCUCAGGGUAAAGGAGAUCUCUAUUGGUAUCAUGACAAACAUGGUGUUCCACGAGUCCUUGUUCCCAACCAUCAUGGAGACAGAUAAAUGUUUAGAGAAUUGUUUGAAAUUGCUCGAGGAAAAGGAUUCCCCCACACUACUAAUAGUUUUCAGGUGUCUGCAUUCAUAUGGAUAUAAUCUGUUUAAUCUGAUAAAUAAGAAUGAGGAUUCACAGAAGGAAGUUGCAAAAAGUCUUCUAGAAAAAUUCCUUAUUUUUCUGUCUCUUCAUUCUGUUGUACAAAAUAUAGGAAUGGUGAUGGGAAGCUGUACAAAUAAAACAGUAUUACAAAACUGUGCUCGUUUUUUAUCCAUUCUAUCCGAACUCUGGGAUUUCCAUGAAGAUCGGAGGAAGGUCUCUCAUCACUACACAGGCGAACAGUUUUUACAAUGUGCUCUGGAGGGAAUGAAGGAGUGUGUAGGUGAAGAUAAAACAGAAAAACAUUUCAUGAUUUUUCUUUAUCUUCUGUUCCAACGGGAUCUAGAAAAGGACAUGUAUUCAUCGAUAUCCACGCAGACGAUCUGUAUAAUGGAGAGGUUACUGAAGGAACAUGUACUUGAAUAUAGUUCAAUAGAUGAACAUGAUCUAGAAUUUAUUUUCAAUAUCUCGUAUGUGUUAAAGUGUUGCCUAGAGAGUGGAGAAUUCUCAUCCAUCCCUGCAAACCUUAAAUCAUUUCUGAAAGAUGCUGAAGGAAGGGUCGAGAAGGUUGAUAUAGAUGACUAUUUUGUUUAUAGAUUCUGAAGGAAGGGUAGAGAGGGUUGAUAUAGAUGAAUAUAUUUGUAUAUAGAUGUUCAAGGAAGGGUAGAGAGGGUUGAUAUAGAUGAAUAUAUUUGUAUAUAGAUUCUGAAGGAAGGGUAGAGAGGGUUGAUAUAGAUGAAUAUAUUUGUUUAUAGAUUCUGAAGGAAGGGUAGAGAGGGUUGAUAUAGAUGAAUAUAUUUGUUUAUAGAUUCUGAAGGAAGGGUAGAGAGGGUUGAUAUAGAUGAAUAUAU